AUGGCGAGAAAUGCUUUCCUUUUGCAGUCUCAUCUUCGCCUCCGCCUCCAGCUUCCCUCCUCAGUUGCUAAGACAUAUCAGCAGUUCCGUGAUCGCCAGCGCCUAUAUCUGCUCCUGAUGCGCCUGCGCCCAGAGUUUGAGCCUUUACGGGAGCAGCUUCUCCAUCGCGACCUCGUCCCUCGGCUUGACACUGCUUUCCUCGCCUUUUUUCCGGGGAAGACUCCAUGCAGUAUGCAGUUGACAAGAGAGGGGAAAGACAGCUUACUUAAGAGGGGGUCCACAUCAGACCUCAAGAGCGCUUCUAAAAGUUCUCUUCCAUUCGAGGGCUAUCCUGUAUUCAGGAAGUACGAUGUUCAUGACCAAUCGGAUCCUGACGUACCAGUAGGUACCAGAGGAGAUCGCUAUGAUCGUUACUGUAUCCGUAUCGAAGAGAUGCGACAAAGUGUUCGGAUCAUUGUGCAAUGUCCUAAUCAAAUGCCUAGUGGCAUGAUCAAAGCCGAUGAUCGUAAGCUAUGUCCUCUAUCACGAUCUCGAAUGAAAUUAUCCAUGGAAUCCUCAAUUCACCAUUUCGAACCUUAUACAGAAGGUUUUUCCGUACCAGCUCCUUCUACCUAUACCGCAGUUGAAGCUCCUAAAGGAGAAUUUGGUGUCUUUCUUGUCAGUAAUGGAAGCAAUCGUCUCUACCGUCGUAAAAUAAGAGCACCUGGCUUUGCCCAUUCACAAGGACUCGAUUCUAUGUCCAAACAUCACAUGCCAGCAGAUGUAGUCACCAUCAUAGGUACUCAAGAUAUUGUGUCUGGAGAGGUAGAUAGAUAGGACUCCGUCUUGCUCGAUC